AUGGAGAAAAUAUUCCGUUCUGUUCUCCCGCCUUAUGCCGUCCCAGAGGGCAUGUCCCUUGCGGAGUUCUUGAACACCUACAACCCGGAUGUGGUCAACCAUGACAAAAUCAUUGUGGAGGACCUGGAGACCCCAAAUAAAAAGAUCACUUACGGAGGUCUUCGAAAACAGGCUGCUAUUGGCGCUGCUGUGCUCAGACACCACUACAAUCUUGCACCAGGUGAUACUGCAAUUAUCUACUCGACCAAUUCCGUCGACUACUCCCUGUUUGCUCAUUCUAUCAUGUGGAUGGGAUGCGUCAUUGCUGGAAUCAAUAUUGCCUGGUCUGGCGCAGAGCUAGGUAAUGCGAUCAGCGUUGUUGAGCCGAAGAUUAUCGCCGUUGAGCCGCAUCUCAAGAAGCGAAUGCUUGAUGGGUUACAAAAAGCUGAAGGGCUGAAGCAUACCCCCACUAUAGUGGAGCUCGGGGACGAUGAAGGGGCUUUUCCUCGGUCAUUCAUCGAUCAGCCUCCGGCAGGCUUGAAUCCAUUGCCUCCAUUCAAUCUUACGGGACAGGAUAACAGAAAACACCCCUGCCUGAUUCUUUUCAGCUCAGGAACAACCGGUAAUCCCAAGGCUGUUCUCCUGAGCCACCACAAUCUCAUCGCGCAUUUGUCCGGAGCGCGAAUCAGUGAUCCGUGGCUGAACAACUGCAAUGCUCGAGAAAUAUUCUUUGCACCAUUUGCCCACAUGCUUGGCGUAUUGGGCGCCAUGAUUGUCCCUACUUUUGUGGGCUCGUACAUCGGUGUUAUGAGACAAUACACCCUCCCCAAAUACAUCAGGGCAUGUGCCGAGGCCAAAGCGACAAUCAUGAAAGUUGUGCCUAGUGUAGCAGUGGCUUUUGUUCAACAUCCCUUGGCGCAGGAAUUUGACCUCUCGAGUAUCUCAUAUAUCCUGACUGCUGGUGCCACAUUGCAGCCUGAAGUGGUCCAGAAGUUACAGAGUGUAUUCAAAGGUGUACACUUUGUUCAAGGAUAUGGCAUGAGUGAGACUGGAGUCGCCACGUUGCCACAUCUCAAAUCGAUAGAAAAGUCAGGAAGUGUAGGCAGAGUGUUACCUCAGGUCGAAAUCCGCAUUGUUGAUGAGCAUCUCAUGGACGUGGAGGCUGGAAAGCCUGGCGAGGUUCUGGUCAGAGGACCCACGGUCUUCAUGGGGUAUAAAAAUAACGAAAAAGCAAACAAAGAAACAUUUCACAACGGUUGGAUGAGAACCGGCGAUGUUCUAUCAAUGGACGAUGAUGGAUUUCUGUGGUUCCAGGAGCGCCGAAAGGAGAUGAUCAAGGUGAAAGGACAUCAAGUUGCCCCCUCCGAGCUUGAAGGCAUCCUCGGCUCUCACCCGCAAGUAAUCGAGGCUGCUGUCUGUGGUUAUUGGGAUUUUGAACGUCAAACCGAAUGGCCAAUUGGCUAUGCGGUCUUGGCUCCUUCGGUACCAGUGAGUGAGCGUCGACGGGUAUUGAAUGAGAUCCAAGCAUGGGUGAAUCAACAUAUCGCGCCAUAUAAACGGCUACGUGGUGGGCUACAUUAUAUUGAAGCCCUGCCAAAGAAUCCGACGGGAAAGCUUCAGCGCAGUCAACUUCCCAUCAAGCUUGCUGAAAAGCGGAAAAACAAAGUGUAA